AUGAAUUCAAUUAUCCCCACAAUAGCAGUACUGUUGAGUCUAAUAUUUCAACAAUUCUAUAUUACUGAAGCAAGUCAACCAAUCACCUACGUUGUUGGAGAUGACUUGGGCUGGACGCUGGAGGCUAACCCAGAAUCUUGGACUCGAGGGAAGAAAUUUUAUGCUGGAGACAUACUAGAAUUCCAGUAUGAUGAUCAAGCGAGCAACGUAGUCGUGGUGGACCAAGAAGGACAUGAUACUUGCACAACAUCAGACAAGUCAGUGGAGUAUAAUUCGGGAGAUGAUAAAAUCCCACUUAAUUUUGGAGCAAAUUAUUUCAUAUGCAGUUGGCAAGCUGACAAAUGUCAAGGAGGAAUGAAGCUGGCCAUUAAUGCCACCGCACGACCACCUGUACUUGCAGUGCAUUAA